AGAGAGAGCGCAUUUGAAGAUUUGUCGCGAUUUGCGGCGUACAAUAAAAAUACAUAAAAAAAUAGAAAAAUGUUUCGCUUAUCAAAAAGCGUUAUAACAUUACUGUCAAAAACUGCAAAAAUAUCUACACCGCAAGACAGUGGAAUUUUACUAUGUACACAGGGAACCCUAAAGUUUCUCAGUACAGAUAUUAACGAUAAGUUUUCCUUGAAACAUGAAGAGGUUGGCCGGCCCCUUUACUUCGACGCUCAAGCGACAACACCUGUCGACCCUCGAGUACUUGACGUGAUGAUGCCUUACUUUGUAGGACAGCAUGGCAAUCCACAUUCUAGGACUCAUGCAUACGGUUGGGAGAGUGAAGCAGCCGUGGAAAAAGCUAGAGAACAAGUAGCUAAUCUAAUUAGAGCUGAUCCGAAGGAAAUCAUAUUUACCUCGGGAGCCACAGAGUCUAAUAAUAUAUCUGUAAAAGGAGUUGCUAGGUUUUAUGCGCCCAGGAAAAAGCAUAUUGUUACUACUCAAAUUGAACAUAAAUGUGUACUGGACUCAUGCAGAGCACUAGAAGGAGAGGGCUUCAAGAUUACAUAUCUGCCAGUGGGAGCCAAUGGCAUUAUUGACCUAAAAGAAUUGGAAGCUGCACUCACCCCCGAAACUAGUCUUGUUUCAAUAAUGACUGUCAAUAAUGAAAUAGGUGUAAAACAGCCUGUAGCUGAAAUUGGAGCGCUCUGCAAAAGCAAAAAGAUAUUUUUCCACACAGAUGCAGCACAGGCUGUGGGCAAGGUCCCUCUGGAUGUUAACAAGAUGAACAUUGAUUUAAUGUCAAUUUCUGGCCACAAAAUUUACGGACCCAAAGGUGUUGGGGCGCUGUACAUUCGGCGUAGGCCUCGAGUACGAGUAGAGCCCAUACAGAGUGGAGGGGGGCAAGAAAGAGGAAUGAGGAGUGGCACAGUACCCACGCCUCUUGUUGUUGGACUAGGCGCUGCUUGUGAACUGGCCGAGCGUGAGAUGGCAUAUGACCAUGCCUGGAUGGAAACACUUUCACAAAGAUUCCUGGACAAGAUAUACUCAAAGCUGUCACAUGUCAUCAGAAAUGGGGAUCCGGAACAAUCUUACCAUGGAUGUAUCAAUUUGUCAUUUGCUUAUGUUGAAGGCGAAUCUUUGUUGAUGGCCCUAAAAGAUGUGGCCCUGUCAAGUGGCUCGGCGUGCACCUCAGCCUCUUUAGAACCUUCCUAUGUAUUGAGAGCUAUCGGAACAGACGAAGAUUUAGCACACAGUUCAAUCAGAUUCGGAUUAGGAAGAUUCACAACAAUCGACGAAGUAGACUACACGGCAGAGAAGACGAUCAGACACGUGGAGCGCCUCCGAGAGAUGAGCCCGCUGUGGGAGAUGGUGCAGGAGGGAGUGGACAUCAAAACCAUUCAGUGGUCGCAGCACUAAUGUACCGGUCGUCGUGUCCUGUUAGUUAUGCAUGUGAAUGUUUACUAUGGUUAUGGACAAAAAAAUACAGGUCGAAUAAUUUUACGGUUUAGACUCACUUGUUUUUAGUACGCGAUACACGGCCGUUGUGAACGCUGCUCGCACUGUUAGUGUUUGAGAAAGGAGACCUAGGCUCUCCGAAGCAUGUCGCGCGAGUGACUAAAAACAAGUGAGUCUAAACCGUAAAAUUAUUCAAUGUUAGUAUGUCUCACAACAGUUUAAAUUCAAAUACAGGUCGAUUGACUAAAGUUGACACGAAUGGAAUGAAUGAGUGAAUGAAAAUAUCUAUAUAUGUAUCACAGUAAAAUGGUGGCUCUGACUGUAUACAGGUGUCACUCACACAAUUAAAGUCUCGUUCAUUCCAGUCGUGGCGGCUUUUGUGAAUCGACCUGUACUACUAGACGCGUAGGGCAAAAUAUUGAAGUAGAUGGCGCUAUACGAUUGCGAUCAUUCAAACAUAUUUCUAUCGGGUCUAUCACGAAUUUAUUUUCUUACCUUUAUUUCCGACGUUUCUAUGUAGAUUACAGCGGUCGUGGUCGCGGGUAACCAGCGAAAUGUAACAUAUUAUAAUGAUAAAAUCCGAUAAAAUUAUGUUUUAAUACGUGUUCAAAAAGGCUGUCCAGUCAAGUACUGACAAUAAGUUACCACAAAACAUAUGAUGCCACAUAACAUCACAUGGACAUAAACACGGAAAACUUUCGAAAUUGUAGCUACGAUAUUUUGUACUUUACGCGUUCUAGGAUCCUUUUGUCAAUGCCAUAAUUAAUCUAUGUGCACGUUGAUUCAUAUUUAGCUGGACUAAAUGUGACGUCCCACGGGUUACCUUUACCCUUAUGGCGGUUGGCGCUUACGCUAUUAUUAACGCCGCUCCAAUAUUAUUGCGGCAGCCGCCAUAAGGUACCUUUUGCCGUGGAACGCCACAAAUGGAGUACCAAUUCUUUAAAAGCACCUUUCAGAUUGUGGCUGAGUGUCAUCAAUUUAUUAGGCUUCAUUUGUACCAGUUUUUCUGAAUUGAUCUAUGUACAGAGAUUUAAGGCUCCAUAAGAUCUGGAUAGGCUGCUAUGAACAAAUAGUUAUCAGGGUGUCCACAUUAUAGAAAAUGUGUGCAUUGGAUAGUAGAGUGUGUGCGGACAUAAAAUGUCUUGCACAUUUGUAGCGUGUUCUCUUAUUUUGCGUUUAUUUGUAGGCUUAAGCUAAAAAGCUGAUUAUACUUGUUAGAAUUCUAUGAAACUCUAUUUAAUUAUUAAUGUUAUCUUAAAAGUAAAUUUCUUACGAGAAAAAUGUAGAAAAUGUUGGGCAUCCUGGUUGUUUAUAUAUUUGGUAGGUUUUUAGAUGGCUGUUAUUUUCGAUUAUAUCUUAUGCUAUUUACGUUAAUGACUUUAUUGAUCACUGACAUGGUUAUACAUAACGGUUAUCAAGAUGAUGAUAUUACAAAUGUUGUGCAUAAUUGUUUUUGUUCGUAUUUUCACAACGUACGAACGUGUUUUGCUAUUUCAGUCAGAAGUACAAAAAAAACCGAGGUUGACUGAAGUAGCAUGACAAAUACGAACGUUUCCGAGAAAAUAAGAAGGAAAACAAUGACGCACUACAUCUGUAAGUAUUAUAUUCACUUUUGUGGCACAAAGAUCUCGCUAUUUAUCAGACAAUAUAAUAAUUUGAAUUAAUCAAUUCCACUUGUAUUUUUUGUAUUGAACACAACAUAUACUUAGGUAGCUUACUUACUGUGUUUUACAAUACACAGUAUUUGUAUUAUUACAUUGGUGGACGUUAUGUUCUUUACAAUAAGGUCUAUGAAUUGUUAAUUGUUACGAACCUAGCCGUCGCCAUACAAUCGAGUUGCGCUCUCAUUUUGAAACGACUUUUAGACGGCCUGAUCGUGUGAUAGAUGGGAAGUACUGGAUCCUUCUGUUGGAAUCCACGGAACUUACUACAUAACAUGGCACUCCUUUACGAUUUUGAUCCCUACUAAAAUGUGACCUAUGUAAUUUCGAUAAUAUCAUAGAAUUAUUUUAUCAAAUGCCAGACCUCAAAGAAAUUUAUAAUUUGUUGUAUCUAUUAUUGAUUUAAGUCUAUAUUAUAAUGAUGUAAAUGUUAAUAAAAUGACGCUUCACGAAAAUUCUAAA